UGGCCUGUUUCACGUUUUUCGGCCGUUUAACUUGUGACCGGUUUGACUUACUGCCAUCAUCAUCAUGUGACAAGCAAACCCAACCACAACAACAACACGUAUCUAUUCCAUUUUGUGGACAAGGAAAUGCUGUUUAAAAGUCGCAAAUGGUUGCCUGUUUGCUUAAUCCUUCUGCUUGCUGAGAUUGUCUUGUCUCUUGAAAAUGGCCUUGCAAGAACACCACCAAUGGGCUGGCUGACGUGGACAAGAUUCGGGUGUAACACCGACUGUGAAAAUGAUCCCAAUUAUUGUUUGAGUGAAAAAUUAAUAAUGCAAAUGGCUGACCAAAUGGUGAGUGGUGGAUACCUAGAAGCUGGCUAUGAGUAUGUGUGUAUUGAUGACUGCUGGCUGGCGGGAGAGCGAGACAUCUUCCACAAACUGCAACCUGACAAGACUAGGUUUCCACGUGGGAUGAAAUAUCUGGCUGACUAUGUGCAUUCAAAAGGACUGAAGCUUGGCAUAUACGAGGAUUUUGGUACUAAAACAUGCGCUGGUUUCCCUGGCAGUGAGUUUUACAUGGAGCUGGAUGCACAAACCUUUGCUGAAUGGGGAAUAGAUCUUCUGAAAUUUGAUACCUGCCAUUCAGAUGCCCACGAUAACAAAUAUGGAUAUCCGGCAAUGUCAAUAUAUCUGAAUCAGACAGGCAGACCAAUUUUGUUCUCCUGUGAAUGGCCCUACGGAGAAUUACAGCAAAAUUUGCCGUCUGACUAUGCUCCAGUUCGACAGUACUGCAACAUUUGGCGUAACUAUUGGGAUGUUGAAGACAGUUUUAACAGUGUUAAAAGCAUUGUUGACAUCUAUGGAAAAAACAAUUCCCUGUUUCAAAAGUUCACUGGCCCUGGUGGAUUUUUUGAUCCAGAUAUGAUAUUGGCGGGUGGGUUUGGAAUGAGUCACUACCAGCAGCGUGCCCAGAUGGCCAUGUGGGCCAUGUUCUCCGCUCCACUGUUCAUGUCCAAUGAUCUACGAGACAUUCCUGCGGAAGCCAAAAGUCUUCUCUUGAAUCCGUUACUGAUUGCAGUUGAUCAAGAUCCAUUUGGUAUCAUGGCAACAAAACUGUGGGAGUUCAACAACUUACAACUGUGGGUGAAGCCUAUCUCUCCACAAGGCAGUGCUGCAGUGGUCUUCUUCAACACUUACAACUUUGGCAGUGGCACGCCAGUCUCCGUCCAGGCUGACUCAUUUGGCCUGACAGACCAAAGGGGUUACAAUGUCACAGAGGUGUUUACUAACAAUUACCUUGGAAUCCUCAAGCCUAGUUCAGUGUUAAAAUUUAGAGUCAAUCCUACUGAUGCCUACAUGAUUGUGUGUAAAUUAUUGGCAUAGAAUACUUUACAUUCCAGAGCAAGAAUAGUCAAGGUUUAGCCCAUUUAUGCCUAGCCCUUUGCAUGCUGGGAAAUUUGUCGUCUGCAAAAAUGUUGUCUGCUGAAUUUCUAAAAUUAGCAUUUUCUUUGAUUUUUUUUCAAAGAAUACUAUCAGAAUAGCAAACAGUUUGGAUCCUUCUAAAUUGGAUCAAUUUAUUUCUAAAAUAAUGGAUGUCUAGUAUAUAUUUAUUUUUAUAUUUAGAAUAUUUCUUACAGAAAUUUCUUUAAGCAAACAGCGUAGACCCAGAUGAGACGCCGCAUCAUGCGUGUCUCGUCUGGGUCUACGCUGUUUGCCAAGGCCUUUUUUUCUAGACGCUAGGCAAAAAUGGAUAAAUGUACUCACUGUUGCCUAUACCGUACACAUGAUAUUUAUUUAUGAUAUAUAACCAGUGAUGUCUAAUUAAUCAGUUUAUCAAUAAAUUUAGAUGGACCGAUCAAUCAUUUGGUGAUGGGAAAAAUACUCAACUAAAUUGUACUUAUCUUUGAUAGUAUCAGAAACUGUUUUUGCAAUCAAAAAAUAUAUAAUAUUUUGUAGUAUUAAAAUGCUACAUUUAUUGUUAAUACAAUGCUUUGCAAUUGUUCAAUAAAUGCAAUAGUAAUGUUU